GGCGUUCGAGGGUCACGUAAAACCGGGCCGUGGCAGCUCUCAGGUUUCUUUCUGGUGGUAGAUAAUGUCAAUUCUAGAACUUUGAGAGAAUCGCGCAGUGCAAAAGUGGUGCUCGCGAGCGCGCGGUACAUCAUACGAUAUGUUUCGAGCGCGACAUUUCGCUAACGUGGCCGCACGCGCCGUUGUUGCCGAGCGAAAAGGCGCACGACUCAUAAGCUUUCUGAAAGCGAAGGAGAAGCUCCAGCGACUGUUGGGUAUGAAUCCCAACGAGUUACCGUACGCGCACAUCUGUCAAGUUGGCGACCAUGUCCUGCGCGGUCGCGCCAUGAGGAUAGAACCGGAAAUUGUGAAAAUGGCGGACUUUCAAAAGGUAAUCGCGAGAUUGAUAAACGUUAUGCGGACGUACAACUCGUACGGACUAUCCGGGCCUCAAAUUGGACUCCCGUGGCAAAUAUUCGCUAUAGAAUGUACGGAGAAGAAUAUGAAGGGGGUCGUCGAAUCCGUCAGAAAAGCCCACGAAAUAAGUGUCGUCCCGAUGACGAUUUUUAUUAACCCCGAAUUGAAAAUCACCGACUACACGCCUAUCACUCUUUACGAGGAAUGCGAGAGCAUUAAGGGAUUUACCGCUGCCGUGCCGAGGGCCUACGAGGUGGAAAUCACGGCGUUGAACGCUUCCGCCGAACCGUUCACGUGGAAAGGACGUGGAUGGUCCGCUAGAAUAGCGCAACACGAAUAUGAUCAUUUGCAGGGAAGGCUGUACAUAGAGAAAAUGGACGUGAAGACAUUUCAUUGCACGGCUUGGGAAAAAAUCAACAAGUACAAGGGCAAAGUGCACAUGAAUUAUUGGCCGAGAAAGUACAUAUAAACAGUGGUAACUAUAUUUCUGUAUAUAUAGACGUUUCUCUUGAUCACAUUUCUUCGACAAGAUGACCUGAUUAUGGUACCUUUUCUUUGAAUAUGUAUUCAAAGAAGAUAACCGCAUGUCUAACAGCGUAUGAAUAAUAAAAAUUACCUUAAGAAUAGGAAA